AAAAAAUUUCAAUCGACUUCUGUAUCAAGCAUGAUCUGGCCCUAUCGAAGUUUUUAGUGAUUCCCUUUUGGCGGUUCAGAGUCCCUUAACAACAAUCUUGUAGAAGCAUGCUCGUAGGAAAGCUAAUAUUGCGGCUCAUAGUCUCGUAAAUUUUGCUAUUUUAUUUCAAAAUGUAACGAUCCAAAAGUUGGAUUUCCUAUCCUAGCUCCUGGAUAUUGUAGAUGUCGAUUUGAUGUAAUAUACAUAGCCAUUUCUUUUGCUUCAAAAAAAAAAUGUACUAAUUAAUAAGUAAAUGCAAAAGAGAACCGAACUAAAAAUUAGCUAACACUAAACUACAGAGCAAAUUAAUGAAUAGGAGUAUUUAGAGAGGUUUUAACUCCUUUUCUCCGCCUUAAAUUCCAUUGAAAGAGAGAGAGAAAAAAGGCGACACUAAAAGCAAGAGUUGGAGUUGGUUAUAUCGAAAAAGAAAAUGGCCGGUAUGCUGCCGGGAGUUGAAGCUGCAAGAAGAAGAAGAUUCCACCAGAAAAGCAACCACGCCGAACCAUCUCCGGCCGUAUCCGGCUGCACGCGGCGAUCAUCUCUCUGUUUAUACGUCAGCAGCCAUGACUUCCACCUCUGCAGCUCAGCGUCUUCCACGAGGAGCCAAAUAGUGUGUGACGAGAGCCGGCUUGGCGCGGAGGCGAGAGAAGCCAAGAAGCGAUUGGACGAGAGGCUGCAGGCGCAGUGGCGAUCGGAAACCACCAGAAUUCCCUUCCCGGCUGCAUGUUCUGACCUGUCCUUAUCAUGGGAAACUUAUUUCUUCAUCAGUCCUCCAUUUUUGACGAAAAUCGCCCCUGCCCCAAGGUUUUCGAAAUGUGCAAACUUCAACCAUUUUUUUUUAUAUAAAAGAUUGAAAUAGAGAAUUGACGUGGACAGGGAAGUAGAGAAAGUGAAGAAGAGUGGAUCGAAGAGGCUCAAGUGGUUGAAGCUGAGGCGGAGGUCGUCGGAAGAGGAGGAGUGCGCGGUGUGCUUGGAUCAGAUCAACGGCGAUCCCGAAACUCUAAUGCAGUUGCGGUGUGGGCAUAGGUUCCACACCCUCUGUUUGCUGCCUUGGUUAGAGGCCAAUGCGCACUGCCCUUGUUGCAGAAUGCAAAUUCCUUCUCCCACGCUCUUGUAAUAUCCUCUUUUUUCAAACUACUACUACAACUUUAAUUAAUUAUAUUCUUCUUCUUUUUU